AUGGGAGCGCGCGUACCGCCUGGCCGAGUCGUUCAGCGAGCCACCCGCAACAAUCUCGCUGCCGCCAGGGGUGCCGCGCGCGCCGCACCUAGAGGACUGCAGCGCGCGGACCGGCUCGCGCCUAGCGCUGGAGAGGCGCGGGCCGCGGGGAGAGUCGCCCGCGUGGGCACGAGCGCGACUUCCCCAACCCCCGUGGGUACGUCUCGGCGCGGGGUGGCGGGGGAGGCAGCGCAGCAAACAGUGCAACAGCGCAUUGUGCGCGGGUCGGACGCGGGCAAUCUGGGCGGCACGCGGGAGGCGCAGAGGGACCUGUGGGAGCACCAGUUCCCGCCACACCAAUGCCGCGGCCGCCGCCUGCUGCUGGUGCGGUGGCUGGACAUGAGGGGGCACGGGCUGGGCUCGCAGCUCCACGUCAUCGGGUCCGUGCUGAGCGUGGCCAUGCUCUUCAACCGCACGCUCGUCAUCGUGCCAGGCAGCUUCCCGCAGGCGGACCACAGCGAGUGCCAGGGGGCGCAGCGCGGGUCGCUCGACUGCUACUUCUUCGCGCUCACCUCCACCCACUGCCGCAAGACCGCCAUGCGCGCUUAUAAAGAGUACACGGCGAAGCGGGGGCUGGAGGGGCGCAUGCCGAUGGGGUGGUUGAAGCAGCGGCGGUCCCCGUGGUGGCUCUGGGUCGCCAUGCAGCGCCGCCGCCUCGUUGCUGCGCGCACCACGGCCCGUGCUGCGAUCGCUGGACUGGUGCACGGGGGGAUAGAGAGCGUUGUGAGCAGGGCGGAUGGGGGGAGCAGGGGGAAUGGGGAAGAGAGGGAGGAUGAGUGGGAGGCGGAGAGCGGUGCAGUGCGGUGGUGCGGAUUUGAUACGAAGCGCACGCUGGAGUCGGAGGCGGUGGUGGUGUUUGGGUGCAGCCCCCUGCUGCCCGCCUGGGCUGGCCGCCGCUACCUCCUGCACCUGCGCGGUGCUGCUGCCCAGUACGCACCCACCCCCAUGCUGCUCCACUUCCUGCAUUGUAGUCUCUACCGCAGCGUGCUGCUAUGCGCUCGCCAUUCCUCACUCUUUGUCGGCAAUUCUCCACCUUCCCUCACCCCUCUGCACCGCAUCGCCAUGCAUACCUCCCUCGCCGUGCCACGUGACCGCGUGCUGCACGGGGGUGCCAGGCUGUGGGGGGGCGCGUACAGGGAGCGCACGGUGACCAGCGAGGUCAGCGGCCAGCUCGUGCGCAGCAACACCACGGUGCUCAAGGUGCGCAGCAACACCACGGUGCUCAAGGUGCGCAGCAACACCACGGUGCUCAAGGUGCGCAGCAACACCACGGUGCUCAAGGUGCGCAGCAACACCACGGUGCUCAAGGUGCGCAGCAACACCACGGUGCUCAAGGUGCGCAGCAACACCACGGUGCUCAAGGUGCGCAGCAACACCACGGUGCUCAAGGUGCGCAGCAACACCACGGUGCUCAAGGUGCGCAGCAACACCACGGUGCUCAAGGUGCGCAGCAACACCACGGUGCUCAAGGUGCGCAGCAACACCACGGUGCUCAAGGUGCGCAGCAACACCAUGUGCACUUCAACCAUUUGCAGGCGGCGCUUCAAGUGUCUCUCCCCAUCCAUCGUACCUCUUUCCACUGUGAAAGCCGCCCUGCAACUCUCUUGUCCCACCCCCCCUUCCCCUGUGCAGGUGCAGUGGUGGCGGGCACAAGCGCUGCGCUUCAUGCUGCGCUGGCCCUCGCCGUACCUCUGCCAUCUACUCAACCGCCACCGCCACCGCGCCUACGGCAUGCACGUGGCGCGCGGCACAGCAGGCGCACUGCAGCGGCAGCAGCACGUGCUGAGCGUGGCGGCUCGGCUGGCCAGCAGCCUGGGGGAGGACCUGCGCGGGCACCUGCUGGCAGAGGCUGUGGGCGCGUGGGCGGGGGGCGUGGUGCAGGCGGACGCCUCGCAGGUGGCGCCGCCGGUGGCAGAGCCUGGCAGCACGGCUGCUGCGCUGCAAGCACGCUCACUGCUGCUCUCCUUGCACGAGCCUGCUGCUGCUGUUGCUGCUGGCGAUGGCGAUGGUGGGGGGGGAGUGGGGGGGGAGGUGUACAUGCCGCGGCCGAUAGUGAGUGUGCACGUGCGGCAGGGCGACAAGGGGCGUGAGAUGCGGCUCUUCUCCUUCCCCUCCUUCGUCUUCCUCGCCAAUCGCCUGCGCCGCCUCGACCCCGCCCUGCACAACGUGUGGCUCAGCACUGAGAUGGAGGGUGUGGUGAAGAGGUCGUCCCGCUUUGGCAACUGGAACUUCUUUUAUUCCAAGGUGCCGCGGCAAAAGGGCAAGGAAACCAUGUCGCACUACCUUCGCCGCACUGGCAUGGCUCGUGUGGUGGGAGCCAGUUUUGCCAACCUGCUGGUGUCCUCAGAGUGUGAUUACUUUGUGGGAGUUCUGGGUUCUAACUGGAAUCGGCUUAUCAACGAGCUGAGAUUAACCAAUGGGAGGCUAUUUGCAGGCUACGUCGCUCUGAACUUUGAUGAGUGGUAG